ACUUUCACUUCAUGAUGGAGAGACUGUUACCAGCUCCACCUUACAGAUAGAGAAAUUGAGGUACAGAGCGAUUAAUUUUUCUAAUGUCACAGAGCUAGCAGGUGGUGAAGCUAGACUGUCUGACUCUCCACUUUUAACCACUUGAUUAUAUUGCCCCAUUGUGAAUUAUCAGUCCACCUUUAUUAAAAUUUAACAGUUGAAACAGUAUUUUGGCAACAAUGAAAUCAUAAAUUCAGAAAUGCCAAAAUCACACAGCAACACACAGAUGGACCUCAUAGGGCUCAUAUAUGUUUCUUGUCAUAGAAAUGGAAACACAAAUUUUAAAAAUCCUUGCAGAUAAUUCAUGGUAUCCUAAGAUUAUAAACAUAAUGAGAAACAUUGAUUUGAAAGUCCCAAGAAUUUAAAACAAAGUGUUGAAACAUAAAUAAGACUUCCACUGUAGACAGCUCAUUCAGUCAUUCAUUCAGGCCUUUAUAUGUGUGAUGGUAUUUAUUGGACUACCAACUCUUCUUAAAGAAAUUAAGUUUGAGGUUAAAGAAGGAGAAACAUUUACAGGGUAGAAUGAGCUUUUUGACAGUAAAAGUGGAUGAGGAUGUGGCUUACUGAAGGAGACCGCAGAGUGAGCACUGCUUUAUGCCUGCCCUUGUUCACCUAACGUGUGAAUGACUGGGUGCUCUCCUCAGAGGUGAGGAGGGUGGGAUGGACUGUUCCGUAAUGCGUGAUAUAAAUAUACAAAAAGGAGACUACGCAGAUGAAGAAAGCUCAAAAUAGACUCAAGAAGUGAGAAAUCAAGCGAGUGCAGGGAGUAUAGCAGUAACCCAGGUAAAUGUGGUCACUUCAGCUAAAUAUGAAAAUGAGCUGUGAACUUCCUGACAACUAUGGCAAAAAGGUAACUACAGUGAUUUUCUGUACUUUUCAUUGUCUGCAGAAGGGAAGCACACAAGGUCCUCGUUCUAAAACCUAAGAUGAAUUUUCAUUAAGGACACUCUGAUAGCAGCCUUGGAUAAGCUCUUACCUUUCUCUUCGUUCUCUUUUCUGUUAAAUAGGGCAGCAUGACGUGUCUUCUGUGUAUAGUAAUACACUGCCCGGAUCCCUCCCCCGGGGAGUGAGCCGCUGGCGCGUCCCCACCAGCUGCCUGAGUGGUGAUGGCUUCAGGAACCCUCCUGAAGGAACCCUCCUGAAGGAACUCUCCCAGGAAUGUCUGGUUGCCCAUGGCUAGGCUCCCUCUCCACUGGCAGCCUGGACUCAGUGACUGGUCAGUGCUGAAAUUCAAAAGCCCAGCCGCCUUGCCUUAAGGGAGCUCUAAAGUAUUACUCACAUUCCAUACUUCACUUUAGGAUUAACCAAGACCUCUGCGGCAGCCGUGAGUUACUUCACCUCUCUCUUCCCCGUCCUGUGCUCACAAAUGCUGUUCUGAAGAGCUCUCCGCUGUAAACGUCCUGCACAGCCUCCUCAGUGUCUCUUUCCUGGGACCCUCUCUUUUAGCAUCAUUGUAAAAAUUAGAAAUAAUAAAUGUAACCUGCUGACCCCCAACUCUCAGCACAUGGUAGGAACUGAGAAAAUGUUAGUUAUGGUUUCCUUUCAUUGCAUGGGACAUUGAGCCACCUAUGGACAAUGUCUGAUUUUUGUAGAAGGUACAGACAUUUUUUUUCAUACGGUAAUUCCUUUUAGCAGUCCUCAUAAAGGUAAGAAUAAAAUAUAAAAAUGCUACCAACUGAGCUAUAAAGUGUUACAGUAGAUUUUCUGAGUUUGCAACAAGUUUCUCAGUAAGUUCAGGUUGCUCAAAGACAGGUGCACAAACUUAAAGCAGGCUUAUUUUCAGAUUUUUCAUAGAAAGUUUAUAUGUCAAGAUAUGAAAAUAUAUUAUUUUCAUGCAUUUGGGACCUAUAGCUUAUACCCUGUAAAUGCAGAAAGAAAAAACCCUUUUGAAAUAAUGUUUACCAGGUUUUAAUAGUCAACUGAACCUUAACCUAAUGCUUGUACCUAGGUAUCUCUGGAGGAUUUCUAAUGUUACUGUUUAGGUAAUUUUAUCUCGAUGUCCAAAUUAUUAUUUUUUUCACAACCAAAUACCUAAAAUUUACUAAUGGGGAAAAAAAAACUAUUGUAAGUUAUCUUUGCAUCAUAGAUGGUAGUUUUCAGCAAGAAGAUAACUGCAAAACUGAGAAUCACAUGAUCACCCUAUGAAACAGAUCAAGUGGCCUUUUUCAGAGGGGAGCCUGGUCUGCCUGAACAUUGGUCUCAUGAAUCGAAGAAAGUACCUCUGUGUUUGGGAAGCAGUACGCUGUUGUAAGGAUGAUGCUUUGAGGAUGUUCAGAACAUGUGUACACGUGUGCAUGUGUCAUGCUUAACUUUUAGACACUGUUGAUUAUGGAGCUGUCAGCGUUUAAUGCAGGAUGUUUGUAUGAGAGAGGACUUUAAAGAUGAAUGGCUCUCACAGCUAUCCUAGAGAGAUUUUAGAUAAUUCUCUUGAAUGUGUUUUUUAGUUAUCACAUACUAAUAAAAGCUACCAUUUUAACAUCAUCCAAAUACUACUUUUAGGUGGUGCCCUGGGAUGUGAAGUACUGAGAAAAGAUUCAACAAAGAGAUGCUAAUGUAGCAACGUCAGCGCUGAUAUAGGAGCUGGUUCGAUGCCCAGAACUGAAUGCUGUGUUCCAGCUGUGGCCUCACCGGUGCUGAAUAGAGAGGAAGAGCCACCUCCAUAGCUUACAUGAGCUGGAGUCAGAUGGCAGCACUAUGGAGGAGUAUUCACAGGAGGACUGGGGAAACCACAGUCAGGAUCUCCACGGCUACCCCACAGAUCAGGAAUUGGAUGAAAUACCUGUCACAAAGAGAACAUUAAAAAUAAAACAAGAGUCUUCUGAAGAAGCACAGAAAAGAGACAUUAUGCAGAAUAUUGUACAAAUUUUGGAAUCAGUACAGUUGAAAUGGGAACUGUUUCAGAGCUGGACAGACUUUUCAAGGCUUCACCUUUCUAAUAAACUGGCCAUUUUUGGAAUCGGUUACAACACCCGUUGGAAAGAGGACAUCCGUUACCAUUAUGCUGAAAUCAGCUCCCAGGUGCCCCUUGGCAAGCGACUCCGGGAGUACUUCAAUUCUGAGAAGCCCGAGGGCCGGAUCAUCAUGACCCGAGUGCAGAAAAUGAACUGGAAGAAUGUAUACUACAAAUUUCUGGAGAUCACUAUCAGCGAAGCUAGGUGCCUGGAGCUGCACAUGGAAAUUGACUGGAUCCCCAUCGCCCACUCCAAACCAACUGGUGGGAAUGUGGUUCAGUAUUUAUUGCCAGGAGGCAUUCCCAAAAGCCCGGGUCUCUAUGCCAUUGGCUACGAGGAGUGUAUUGAGAGGCCUCCCUCCCCCCAUGUGGAGCGACGUACCCUGGACCCCGGAAAGGAGGGCCGGGUUGACUUGGAAACCCUUUCAGCACAAGCCUCACUGCAGGUGGAGAUAGAACCCACUCGAAUUAUCUAUUGCUACCUCGGAAUCGCUGAGGUCAGGACUCUGCAGCAGUGCUUGUUUUUACAUUUCCAAGCAAAUACCAAAACCUUCAGCAAGGAUUGGGUUGGUAUAAAUGGGUUUUUGUCUCAGAACUGUAUUGUGGAUCCUGGUGUGUCCCCCAAAUCCAUCUACAUCAAAUUUGUAGAAGUUGAGAGGGAUUUUCUUUCUGCUGGCUCGUUAGUUGAGUGCCUGGAAAAAGCCAUCGGGUACCCCUUAAAAUAUAACAACUGAAUGUCAUCCUUCAUAAGGAUCUGGGCUCUUACCUCUCUCUUCUCUACCCCUGUCCCGUGACCCAGACUGUCCCUCAUCCAGAUGCUGCCAUCGACUCUUCAUGGAAACUCUUUCCACGAUCGGGCCAGUACAACUAAGAAACCAUAGUAGACCUUGGGCAGAGAACACAGACCUCACCUGAAAAAUGCUCAUUUUGAGCAAACAAGCUACACAGCGGACUUGCGUGGUGGGUCAGCUGUUUCUUUUUUAAAAACAACAAAAAAACAAUUUUUAAAUGAAUUUUAGAGCCCUAAUGUAAACAAAUGUAGGUACAUUCCAUAUUGGACAAAACUUAUACUUUGAGUUUCAUAUGAAAUUGAAAAAUUGUAUUUUUUUCACGAUGUUUCAUUUUUACACAUCUCUAUGUCUCUAUAUAAGUAUUAUUUACAACCUUGAAUAAAUAAGCAAUAGAUAAUGGCAAGUAAAAUCUUGAGUCACAGUGAAUAAGACUGUUUUUCAAUAUUACCCUUUAGCUACUAUUGUAUAUAAUUUAGAGUUUCACUUUUUUUCAUCAACCAAGUGUUUUGCUAUUCCCAAUCAGUGUUGCCUGCAAAGCCUUCUGUUUCUGUGAUGUACCAACUUUUGGUUGUGUUACCAUUUAAAACUUAAAAAAAAAAAAAAAAAUUAAAGGAAUUCCUGGCCUCU